AUGACAUGGAGUCGUUACCCUUUAGCAGUAUUUAGCGCUUGCUCUCAGUCGCAUGGGUUUGAUGAGCGACAGGUUAAUGUGCCAGUCUGUGAGGAGAAUGCUAUAAAAAUUGGUCGAUCGGUUGCUCAUUGGAAGCCAGGCAAUGAUAAUGCAAUUUUCGAUUGUAAAGUUUUGUCUCGAAAUCAUGCAGUUUUAUGGUAUGAAGAAGGAUGCUUCUAUUUGAAAGACACUAAAAGUAGUAAUGGAACAUUUGUAAAUAAUGAAAGGCUAUCAAAAAGUGCUGAAGAAAGUUCCCCUCGACAAAUAUUCUCUGGCGAUAUUCUUCAGUUUGGUGUCGAAAUUGUUGAAAAUGCUAAUAAAGUAACUCAUGGUUGUAUAAUUGCAAUAGUUCGUUUAUUUGAUUGUAAUGGUGACGAAGUGCUUGCUCCCGAAACAAGCACAUGUAUGAUUAAUCGUGAAACAGAUUCCCAGUUGCCAGUUGUCAGCGCUCCAUUAGUAAAUUCAUAUCAGUUGUUUCAACUACAACAGUAUAUACGUGAAGCAGUUCACCGUGAAAAAAUAAUUGAACAAAAGCUAUCAACUUUAGAGAAUAUUCUGUUUACCACUGAAAAAGCCACUGAAUCUAGUUGGCAGGCACUGAUAAGCGAGGAUCACCUUUUGUCGAGGAUAGAAAUGCUUGAGGGACAAUUGUCGCUCUAUUCCAAGAAUUUACUCAGCGAUAAAGUUAAAGAGCAAAUGAAUGAAAUGAUAGAAGAUAAAAGUAAAUUUGAAUUGAUGGCAAAAGAAUCAUUACGCCGAGCACAAGAAGAAAAAAAUGAAGCAUUGCAAAGACUUUCGGACGUUGAACAUUGUCUCGUUAACACAGCUGUUGAAUCUAAUUUUUAUCUUCGCGAUUCUCUUUCGCAGACAUAUAUAAAAUUAUCUGAAGCGAAAUACUCGGCAGCUUGCAACAACUACAAUUUGCAGGGUUUAUUGAAUUCGUCAGUUGGAAAGUCAGUUGGAAAUGGCACUGCGGAAAAAAAAAAGGUUGCUGUGGAACAUAUAGUUGUGUCAUCUGAAAAUGGUAAUGUGGAUAAUGUUCAUGAUGAUGGGAAUAACACAUCACUUGGUUUAAUGCAAAAUAUGAGUUCCAUCUGCCGUAUCAUGCAAGAGAAGGAAAUGGUUAUUUCUGGGAAAAAGGAAUGUUUCGAAGAUAAAAAGAUGCAAUUUCCAGAUUAUGAUAUUCAGGUAACUAAUUUUUUGGUACCUAUUGGGUUAAUUGUGUAA